CAACUUUGCACGCCUCCUCCUUGUCUCCUCCCAUCUUCUCUUUCCACUCCACCCCAACGGAGCUGCGGCGGCGGCGGCUGCAGAGGCUCCCCACCGCAGCUCUGCUUCGCUGCCCAUAGCGCGCUGGAGAGUGGGAGGGAGGCGAAGUACCGGGUCUCGGUCCUCCUUUCGCUCCUCGUCCUCCCCGCCCCCAAGCAUCAGCCUCUGCACCUUCUACCCGCGCGCCGGGCGCCUGCACUCUUCCUAGGUGUGCUAGCUUAACUCGCUUUCCCUGCUCCCCCGCCUCCUUCUCCUGUCCGGAGGAGUCUAGUCUCUCUUUGAGUCCACAGGGGGUUGGCCGGGGUUAGCAAAGGAGCCGGAGGUGGGGCGCCAGGGUAUGGUGGUCGCUAGGGCGCCCGGGGCUUCUGGCAGCCGCCCGGACCAGUGACUGGGGCCGGAGGAGCCGGGUGGAGGCGGGGAGGCCGAAGGGGGAGUGGUGCUGGAGAUCAAGGGAGACCCAAGGCGGCCGGCCGGAGGAGAGGCUGGCAGCGGGCACGGGACCGCGGGAGUACGGGAGCAGCUGCACCGGUGCUGAGAGGGAGGAAGAAGGACGUCUCCAAAGCGCACAGGAGCACAGAACUCUACCAGUAUGACUGGCAUUUGAUAAGUAACACCAGGACCUGGAUUCACAGUUUAGCAGUGUUGAAGAGGGAUCCCCUCUGUGCAUCUCCUUAGCUACCAUGGCUGCCCCCUCUGCUGUAGUGCCCUUCUCAGUGGUCUCACAGUCACAAGGAAUUGAGUCCAUGUAUGUGAAUGAACCACAAUGCUACUACAAUGAAUCCAUUGCUUUCUUUUACAACCGGAGUGGGAAGUACCUUGCCACAGAAUGGAAUACUGUCAGCAAGCUUGUGAUGGGACUUGGAAUCACCGUCUGUAUCUUCAUCAUGUUGGCCAACCUGCUGGUCAUGGUGGCGAUUUACGUCAACCGCCGCUUCCACUUUCCUAUUUAUUACUUAAUGGCUAACUUGGCUGCUGCAGACUUCUUUGCUGGAUUGGCAUACUUUUAUCUAAUGUUCAACACAGGGCCCAAUACACGAAGACUGACUGUAAGCACCUGGCUUCUUCGCCAGGGUCUCAUUGACACUAGCCUGACGGCUUCUGUAGCAAACUUGCUGGCUAUAGCAAUUGAGAGACACAUUACAGUUUUCCGCAUGCAGCUGCAUACCCGGAUGAGCAAUCGGCGGGUGGUGGUUGUUAUUGUGGUCAUCUGGACCAUGGCCAUUGUAAUGGGUGCUAUACCCAGUGUGGGCUGGAAUUGUAUCUGUGACAUCACUAAGUGUUCCAACAUGGCACCUCUCUACAGUGACUCUUACUUAGUCUUCUGGGCUAUUUUCAACCUGGUUACCUUUGUAGUAAUGGUGGUCCUGUAUGCCCAUAUCUUUGGCUAUGUCCGACAAAGGACUAUGAGAAUGUCUAGGCAUAGUUCUGGCCCAAGGAGGAAUCGGGACACGAUGAUGAGUCUCCUGAAGACUGUGGUCAUUGUGCUAGGUGCUUUUAUCAUCUGCUGGACUCCUGGCUUAGUCUUGUUACUUCUAGAUGUUUGCUGUCCUCAGUGUGAUGUCUUGGCCUAUGAAAAGUUUUUCCUUCUCCUUGCCGAAUUCAAUUCUGCCAUGAAUCCCAUCAUCUAUUCUUACCGUGACAAGGAAAUGAGUGCCACCUUCAGACAGAUCCUCUGCUGCCAGCGGAAUGAGAAUGCCAACGGCCCCACCGAUGGCUCAGAUCGUUCAGCAUCUUCACUCAACCACACCAUCUUGGCUGGGGUUCAUAGCAAUGACCAUUCUGUUGUGUAGAAACCAAAUGGGAAAUGAAGAGCCAGCUAUAGACUGUUGAGGGAGUCCCAGGGGAAUAACAAACUGAUGUCUUUCAACACUAAUCAACUACAGUAUUGGUUUCUAGAAAACCCACUCAUGCACAAGACUGGUCACGUAUGAGAACUGGCAUAUGCGAAAAACACUCAUUCUCUUUCUCUUCUCCCUGCUAAAAGUAGAAAGCUGAUUCCUUCUAAUGGAAUUCAUAACUAGAUCCCAGAAGGUCUCUUUAGACUACACUGAUUAGAUUUUCAAAGACUGCUUUGUUCUGGUACCAGUUGAAAACAGUUCUGAUUACUUAUGCUUGUGCCUGUUUAACUUCAUUUACAUGUAGAAACUUAGGCUCCCAUCCCCCACACCACUUUUCCUUUUUUAAAAGAAUACAUUUCAUGUAAUAAAUGUUAUGUUUAUGCCUGUCAGCACGCUUCUGAUGGAUAUUUUAUACAUAGAGAUCAUAGUCUUCAUAUUUUUUGCUACACUACCAUAACUUCAGUAUUUCUUUUUCCUGAUGCAGAAAACAGGAAAACAAUGUAAAUUACAAUUGUUUCUUUUUAAAAAAAAAAAAAGCAUGCAUGUAAUGUAUUUAUGCAGUUGUUUUAAUGAAAAAAGAAAAAAGAUGCUCAUUGUAAAAUCUUCUAGAAAAUAGAAGAGCCUAGAUCUAAUUCCAGUAUUUGUUUAGAUUAUGAAAUAAAUAGCAUUCUAGUCUCAUGGUAUUUAACUUCUCAUUUGUGGUACCAAGUAUAUAACAUAUGCAGGGGUCCUUAGUUUAUCACUGAUGGGAUUUGUGCUCUAAAAGAACAGAAUCAUGAAAAAAAAAUGAAGCACAAUGUUAUUUUUAAAUGUAUUUAUGAUAACUGAGUGUUUUCUCAUCACCUGUGCAUUACAAAGGGAUUUUUUUUUUAAUUUUAGAGAUGUCAUGUCAUAUUUUACCUUUGUAAAAAGGAAUUUUCUGUUUUUGCACUGAGUGACAUUUUUAAGGAAGGGUAUCUUAUUAAAUUACCCUUCUUUUUUCCUUAAAGAACAGUGGUCACUUGAGUUAUAUUGAGGUACAGUAUUUUUUUUAGUGCAAAUCUAAGUAGAAAUAGUAAGCUGCCACAAAAAAAAAAUCUAUUAAUAUAGCUAACAGUAUUUUUUUUUACUGGCCUAAUAGGUCUUGAAAACCGGAUAUAAGUUUAAAAUCAAAAGUACCAUAAACUACCCAGUGAAGAAGUCUUUUAUCAGUGAAAUGUAAUGAAUAAAGGACCUUUAUAUUAAAUAGCUUGGGCACUUAUAUUUGAAAAGUGGGAGUAGGUAUGUAGCUGUAUUGUGGAUCAUCUCCCCAGGCUUUCCCCAUAAUAGAUGCUUCCAUGUUGUAGAUGUUCUGAUAUUAUGUAGUCUAAGGUCUGUGAGUAAGUGCAUUGGCGUGACAUGGAAGAUCACAUUUGAAGGGACAUGAUCAUAAGAAUGGUCUGUAGAAAUGGAGGAAGGUAGACUAGAGAAAUUAAGUUAGGCUCAGUGGGACUUGAGGCAAAGUUUACAUUUGGAGUAGUGGGCACAAGAAGCGCAGAGAGUUGAGAGCAGGAGAGAGGAAGUGCAAAAAUUUUAUUGAGAUUGACAUUGACACAUUUUAUAUAAAACAUAAAAUAUGUUAAUGGGAGCAAGAAGAUGAGCCCUGGAAUUUUCACUCAUGUAAAUACAGUGGGAAAUAGGAGGGCUAGUUGAACUUUUAAGGGAACAAAAUGAAAUGCUAAGCCACUAAUAAAGUUUUCUCAAUGAGUUUGAUAUUGUAGUGUUGGUUGUGAUUGGUGUUUCUCUUUAAGACCUUUCCAUUGUGGUUUAUGUUGAUUCCCAAUGACUUUCUCUCCUGAAUUUCUCUACUGUGGUUGCUUCUUGAAUUCAUUUCUGAAGCAGAGACAUUCAAGAGCAAAAAGGUAAUUCUAUUUUAAGUGGUUAUCAUAACAGGGAUGUGUAAAUUUUGAAGUAGGUUCAAAGGACAGAAACAAAUUAUUUAAAGCAGGGGUUCUUAAAACUGGGAUCCAUAAAUGAUUUAAAAACAUAUAUGUUGGUAACUAUUUCAGGAUAAUUGAUUUCCUUUGUAAUCUUUCAUGUUUUAUGCAUUUAAAAACAUUAAUCUGAGAAAUGGCCCAUUAGCUUCACUAGACUGCUAAUGUAGUCAGUCCAUGACACAAAGUAAAGAAUUCCUGUUUUUAGGUAUGAAAAAUAAGAACUGUGAGAAAAGGUUAAAAUUUAAGCUAUGAUUACUUUUAAAUAGGGAAAGAAAAGCUUUACACAGAGUCCAGAAAGUAGGAUUUCUUGCAAAUGACACACAAAAAAGUCUCUGUGCCAUGAGUGAUUUUGGUGGACUAUAUUGAUAAUGUCCCUGAAAGAAUAUGAUGUUAGAGAUUGAAGGAAUCUUACACAUUAUCUUAUCCAAGCCAUUUUUACAGAUAGAGAAAUUGAGGCCUUGGUAAUCAUUAAAAUGAUAAGCUUCUUUAGGGCAAAGUCAGUUCUAUAUUCUCUUAUGUUCUCUACUUUGUCUAACACAGUACUGACCAUAGAGCAGAUUGUAAAUAAAUAAUUUUUGAAUUGCCGAAAUCUGAGUUUUACAAGAAAACUUAGAGGUCAUCUAGUCUAAAUUCCUAGUCAUUUCAAGAAUCUCAUUUGCAAUAUCCUAGUCAUCUAGCUUGAUAACAUAUUUUAAAUUAUGGAGCCCUCAACCCUAAGGACACAUUCAGUUUUUAAAUGGUUCUAGUUGUCAACAAGUUGAUGGACAUGUAGUCCAGGGGUUAAUCUCACAGAUGAGGAAAUGGAGAGAAAAGGUAAAGAUUUGCCCAAAGUCUAUGUCAGAGUCAGGAUUUUGGACUCCAAAUCUAGUGAUCAUUCCACAGUAUCAUACUGCCUUUCUUGUCUUCCAUGUUGACUCUCCAAAUUUUACCUUUCAUCCUAUUGUUGCCUUCUAGGAAAAGUAUAGAGUUCACUUCAACAUACUUGAAUGCAAGACAGUGCCAAGAUCUGGACAAAAGGAGUUUCCAUUCUCCUAGAGGAAUAUAGCAUGUAUAUGAUAUUAUUUGAAGAAGGAAAAUGCUGUUAACACCUGGGGUACUCAGUAGGACAUGGCACCUAGGUUGAGCCUUGAAGAGAAGGACUCAGAUACAAAAUGAGGAAAAGCAUUGCAGGCAUAGAGGACUGUCAUGUAUAGAUAGAUAAGUAAUAGCCCUUCAAAUAUCUGAAGACAGUGAUCAGAUCUCUCUGUUUCUCUAUUCUCCAGAGCAAAUAUCCCUAGGUUCCUCCCACCCCAGCUAUUCCUCAUAAGACAAUUUCCAGAAUCUCAUCACUUGGUCUCUCCACUAUAGAGAUUGGUAAUACCAUCCAUUUGUAUAGAACAAUUACUACAAUGGAAACAGGACCAUCACUUUUCAUGACCAUACCAGAAUUGACUGAUUAUACUGUCUAUAGAAGCAUGAGGGGAUACAGUGUUGAUUAAAGACCUUACUGGAGUUGGGCCAUAGUAUCUAUGUUUUGGGAGAGAUUUUAGAGUUGGUUAUAUAUUUUCGUGUACUUGGGAUGUUCUAUGUAUAAUCCUCUAAAGGAA